AUGAAUAAAUGCUUGUGCUCUGUUUUAUUGGUACUUGUUGGUAUAUGGUUAACAACAGUUGGUUUCACUGAUGCUGUUCAAUGUACGUCAGACCCUGUUAUAAUAAACGGUGCUUUGGACUCUGAUAUAACGUCCAGAGAAGUCGGGGCAGUGUAUGAUUUUACAUGUGGAGGUACACUGGAAGAUAUGGGAACUGUGACAUGUAAUGGCACUGGAGAUUGGACGACAAGUUGGACAUGUGAAGAAUGUUACUUGUUGAAUAGUUAUUUCAUAGAAUUGUACAGUUACAUUCCUGGUAUAACCAAUAGCGCUGGAUGUGAUGUAAAAUGUGAGGAGUUGAACUGCGCGUAUCGAAGAUUCACACGAAGUCCAAGCCGUGGGUGUUAUGUAUCCCCAUCAUACGUGAUAUUCCAAAUAGCUGGUUACACUCUUCAAAGAUGUAUCGAUAAAUGUGACGAGAUGGAAGAAUGUUUAAGUUUACGAGAAACCGAGGGCUAUUGUUAUCUGUUUAGCGAGACAGUACCAUCAUUGGUCGACUUGGGCAAUGAGAUCAAACCGCAUGACUGGGGCACAAUAAUAGGGAAAAGAUCAACUUGCCCCUCAACAUGA